AUGAAAAUACCAACCACAGCAUCCCUCUUCCUCGUCUUUGCACUCCUCUUCCAAGGUCUCGCCACAGCCUGGGAGCUCCCGUCUUUCCAAGUCCCUCUCAUAUCCUCUUGGCUAGGCAGCAGUAAUGUAGCCCCUCGCGUCCCGCAAUUUGUUCUCGACACGGGUCAUCCGUGGCUCAUGAGCCACGCCCGCGAACUCUCCAAUCUCCCAGACCCGGCAUCAUUCAUUUGCACCUCCGCCGUCGGCGAUGGUCUUCCUCGAGAUGGCGAUUUUGAUCAGGGCGAGAGCGCAAACCUGCGCAACGGCCUCGAGAUACCAGCGGAUCUUUUCCACCGCCUUGAAAUCAACAACAAUCGCGCCGGCGUUAACCGAUAUGGCUGGAAGAAUGCUCAUGAUAGACUCAAUGAAAUGAGGGCAUGCCCAAGAGCGCUUCAAGAAGCUCGCCAUUUGACCGUUGAUGUAUGGGUUUAUACCGGAGCGGGGUGGGAGACCCUAGAUCAUAUUUGGGACACGCUCACCGCGGAAUCGACGCUUCCCCCAAAGCCUGUACCGAUGCUGUUUUCCGAGGUGAUGGGGAAGAUGGAGAACUUGAGUACGAUUGAAUGGAUGAUUCGGGGAGCCGGCGGGAAUGCUGCCAUCGGAGAGGCCUUUAUCAACGAUGGGACCAGGUUGCCUGGUGUCAAGCAGCUGGCGACAAACGUGGACGCGCCUUGGCUCAUCGACGUUUGCCCUUCUCUCACGUCUCUUAAAGCCGAUCGCGGAAGAUCAGGAUGGCUGGGGACAGAGGCUAAGGCAAACAGAGAAGAAGUCUGGUUUGCGGCCGCGGGUAGAGCCCAGGGUUUGAAGAAGCUUCACAUGGGGAAUUUGCGGUGGACGGGCACCAUGGUCGAUCACGUGGUCAAAGAGACCCCUCACAUCCAAGAGCUUCAUAUAGGCACUCUUUGGGGGGAUAACAUCUCCCCCGAGUUCCCAGGGAACCCAGGGAACCGAGGGAACCCGGGGGAGAUGUUGCGGAAUCUUAUGAAAACGUUCGCUGCUCUUCCCAAUCUCAUGCACCUUUAUCUCCCAUGGUCCGCCGAGCUGGAUCUCGGCUACGAUGGGGGACCUUGGUGCGGUAACGCUUACAUGGGCGAAGGAGGUGCCGAAAUCUGGCGCAAUAACAUGGUCCGGAAUAUUGAGGCAACUGAGAAGGCUGGGAUUAUUGUUCAGAAGGUGUUUCCAAGGCUGAAGGGGGUUCAUGUCGGUGAGUUCUACGGGAAUUUCACGACGAAUGCUGAGGGAACGGGAACAAUCAUCUGGGAAUGGACUAGGAGCAUGGACGAGUGGUUAAGAGAGAAUGCACAUGAUGAAUGGUAA